UAAACAUCAACACUUAAACCUGACGAGGGUAUUAUUUGUCGACAUUUUUUCGCUACUUUUCGCUCGAACGCACGUAUAUUUUUUCAACUUAGAGAUUUUUGAAAUUCGAUGAACGCUAUUAGAAAAUUGAUCAUUGAAUUUAAUUGAGAAUUUAAUUGAAUUUGGAAUAAAUUAUGAGAAUGUGCUUUUUGUUGUACAGGAAAAGUGAUUAGUGUUUUUUUUUUAAGUGAAGUGAAAAUGUUACGUUUAUUUUUAUUUGGAUUAGUUUUGCAGUACGCUUCAGGGGUGAUAUAUAAAUUAGCUCCCCAGGAGUACGAUGAGUUGCCAAAAGUAACGCAAGUAGACGAAUACAGGCGAUGCAUGCGCGUCCCUGGGGACACCUACUGCUUCGUCAGCGCUCAAGUGCACGGCAAUCUGUCGGACCACCUGUAUCGGACGUUGGUGGAAUAUUCAGCAAAUGUCAUAACACACUUCGAUCACACCCACGUACACCGGGGUAUUUGUCCAAAAAAGAGCUGUGCACACCACUUGCAUGCCUUCUCAAACCUGACCGACGCGGUCGAAGCUUGCCUCAACGAGAGUCUCACUAGGGACUACCGUCUGACCGCUAAAAUAUACGAAGCACAUUGCGAAGUGUACUCUGAGGAGUCGAAAUGGGAUCAUGGGGACUUUGCAUACAUGGUGGUAGUGUUGGUAAUUAUGGGACUAAAUGGAUUGGGAAGCAUGUACGACUUCUUUUGUCAUCACGGGAAAGAGACGUUUGUGGGUAGGGUUCUGCUGUGCUUCGCUGUGAGACAGAACUGGAAGCGACUUGCAGCGCCCGCCAGCUCCAGUCCUAUGCAACAACGCAUCAAGGUCAUCCAUUGCAUCAGAACAAUAACUGCGUGCUUGGUAAUCCUCGGUCAUUCGGGGAUUCCCGCUAUGUUAAUAGGAAAUUACCCAUUAUAUUUUGAAGAGUUAUACCACUACCUGCCCUUCCAAAUAGUUUGCAACGGGACUCUCAUAGUCCAGACUUUCUUCCUCAUAUCUGGUCUCCUGAUGGCGUAUAACAUGUUGCUGUCGGAGCAGAAACGGCCGCCUAGCUGGUUGAACUUGCCGAAAGGUGUGCUGUUGAGGUGGUUGAGAUUGACUCCACCGUUUGCGUUUGUGAUGUUCUUCGUAAUGACCUGGUUGAGGCAUUUGGCUACUGGACCAUUUUACCAGAAAAUUGUGGCGUCCGAAGGGGAUGCUUGCCGCCGUGACUGGUGGCUUUAUCUCCUGUAUCUACAUAAUUAUAAGGACCACACGCAAUGUAUGGCACAUGCUUGGUAUCUGGGAGCCGAGUUCCAGCUCAGCAUAGUUGGCCUCAUCAUCUUCUGUGUGCUGCACAGCAACAGGAUCAGGAAGAUUGCCAUCGGCGUAGUGAUGGUGGUAGGACUUAUUACCCCCGCUGUCCACACAUAUGUUCAGAACCUGUAUGCUGUUCUGAUUGUGGCCCCAGAAGUGUUCCUAAAUUUCUUCGUGGAAGACCCGACAUUCAACAACUUGUACAAACGAGGGCACACCAACCUCGUCUGCUACGGUCUUGGCUUGGCGAUGGCUUAUAUUGUCUUUAAUUUGAAGGAGGGCGACUUUGGACUGAAAAAAUACAAGAAAUACCGUCUUUUAUACUGGUUGCUAUUCCCCAUGAUGCUCGGCGUCGUCCUCCUGGGGUCUAUGUUCUACGUCGACGGCAUCGUCAUCCCGAUCGGUGUUAUUGUUGUCUACUCCAGCGCCGUCAAGCUGAUCUUCGGAAUCUUGACUGCGCUGUUCAUCAUGUUCACGAUUUUGAGGAUUGAUAAGGCGUUCCGCGGUUUCCUCCACUGGGGUGGAUGGGCCAGAAUCUCUCGGGUCACCUACUUUGCUUACUUACUCCACGUGCCGCUUCUACGAUACAGUUCUGGUAUUUCCGAUGAACUGAUCCCCAUCACCAUGUUCUGGGCUUUCACAAACUACGUAUGGUGCACCACCCUUGCCUUCGCUUUUGCUGUUCCCCUCUUCAUAUCAGUAGAAAGUCCUUUCGCCGAACUAGUUAAGGUCAUCUUCUUGCCUGCGCACACUAAAAGGGCUCAUAUCACUAAAGAAGCUUGCAAGGAAAGCAAAGAAACGAUUGAAGACAAGAUCUAACCCUUCAAAUGAUCUUAGUGCUGUUACUAAUUAGUCCAAUUACCAUCGUAACUUUUCCAGCAAUUUCGGUGCAGCAUGGUAGAAUUUUAUAGGUAGAUGAUCAAUUCGGUGGAUGCCGUAAAUAAUUUGAUAAUUUGAGAUAUAUUUUUACUUAAAUUUUAAUUUAGAACAUCUUCUUCUUCUUCUCAGCAUAUUUUUUUCCACUGCUGAACAUCUUCAGCUCUUUCAUGGAUUUCCAUUCCGUUCUAUGUCUGUACCAGGUCGGUCGACCAUCUGGCUCGUGGUUUCCCGUCACCUCGGCUUCCCAGUCUAGGUCUCCACAGCAAUACUAGCUGGCUCCAUAGAUCGUCAUCUCUGCGACAAAUAUGUCCGGCCCAUUCCCACUUGAACUUAGAACGUACCAAGUUUUAUGGUUCAGAUUUGUUGCGUCCUUACGACGGAUUCAUCAACUUCACGCCUUGCAACGAAUUGAGGCUCAUUUUGCUGUUAUUUAUCCUAAUUAACUAUUCUAGCUGACUUCGGACAUAAUUUAUUCCUUUAGCGUCAAUGCUAGCUGACUUCGGACAUAUUGGUGCAGCAUUGUCGCGUUAAAGGAAUAUAUUAUUGCUGGAAAAGUUCUGAUGUCUGCUAAUGACUACGAAAAAUGUAAACGACUUCAGAAGAAAGAUUUAAGUAUGUUCAAGCUUAUAAAAUGCAUAAGGCAAAAAUGUACCAUUAGCUGGGGUGAAUUGGGGUACCUGGAGUGAAUAAAUUAAAAAUCAUGAUUUCUUAAAAAGUACUUGCACGAAUUAUAUCUUCGCGAUAGAACACAAUAGUGGAUUUUGCAUGAUAUAACCCGUGUCAUUAUUUAUAAUAUUAAGGAAUUAUGAGGUAGAAGUACAUUUUAUGUUUUGCCCCUUUUCGCCCCAUUUCGUGGCAUUCCCAGAAUAUCAACGCGAAUAAUAGAUAUCUCAACAAAACAAGCAUUCAAACAUACUUGCCGUGCUUUUCCAGGUUUCCAUUAGUAUUUUACCUGAUCUUUAUAGUAAAUACCUAACUAAAGAUUAAAAAUUUAAAGAAAUUACAUAUUUGAAAGAAAAACGAGAUAAAUCAUGAUAGUGAAAAUAAUUUCUGAACGAGUGAACGUAAUAUGUAUAGCGAGUUAUUUAGUUUAGCUUUUCACCUUUGACGUUCAAAAUAUUUAUAUAAUUGUUAAUGUAUUAAAACGUCGUUCAAUAUACGUGUAAAAGCGUUAAUUAUUAUUUUUCUUAUCCCGUCUUUUACAUGGUAGUGCAUAGAUCUUUAAAACCCUACAUAAAAGUCUAUUCCCAAAGCCAGUGUCCGCCGGCUUUCCGCGCAUGCGCGCAGUAACGAAAAAACUGAAAACGCAUUGUUUGGCUCUGUAAUGGCAACGCAUUGCUAUAACGAUACGGCGCGCGUACGCGGGAUGGCUUUGGGCUGUUGCGCUGACAGUGCAAACUUUGGUUUUCUAAGGAAAGCAAUACUUUCCGUAGAAAACCAAAGGUUUGCACUUCUAUUCGCACAUUUAUUGACAAUAUUUAGGGUAAAUUUUUAUGGCAUUUGAUAAUAAACGACAGUGUGUAUGUAACUCAAACAUCAAAUGAAGCGAUCGUCAACUGUUGAGAACAUUAAUAAUAAUAAUAAGUACAUCCUUCUCUUAAAGAGAAUAUUCUCAAUAUCAUCUCAAAAUUUCUGGUAAUUUAUGGAAAUUUUGAGUGUUCUGCAACUUGUACAUUGCUAUUCUUUACUAGUUUUUAAUAAUAGCUUUAAUAAAGCUUGAGAGGUACAGUCUGGCUAAAAAAACAGAAAUUAAAAAGUGACAACAUUGUAAUGUCGUCCCGUUUCCUCACACAUAUUGAUUUGAAACGAACACUACGAUGUUGCCAGUUUUUAAUUGCGAUUGUAUAGGUUUAGGUAAAAAUAAAAUGAAAUUAUUGUGUGGGGUUAUUUUUAAGUAUUUGUGUUAAAUAAAAUUAUUUUAAUUA